GGCUGAGCCCGGUGACGUCAGUGUGGCAGUGCGGAGUCAGGCGCGGCGGCUCCCUAUAAACCGAGGAGCUGUCCGGGUGCUGAAACGGCCCGAGAAGCUCGCCCGGCGGAUCCGGAGGACCAUGCUGUGGAUCUUCUCAGCCAUCUAAAAAAAGAGGAAAUCCUUCAAACAUGGCAGAAGCUAAAACCCACCGACUUGGAGUUGCCCUGUCUCUCAUCCCUUUAAUUUUCUUCAUCUCCUGUGCCAAAGCAGCUUCAUUUCAGCAUAACCAGCUGCUUCAGAAGGAACCAGAUCCCAGAUCAGAAAAUGUCCAGAGGUUUCCCAGUCCCGAAAUGUUCAGGGCUUUGGAGUACAUAGAAAAGCUCCGGCAACAAGCUCACAAAGAGGAAAGCAGCCCAGACUAUAAUCCCUCCCAAGGUGUCUCUGCUCCCCUUCAGCAAAAAGAAAAUGGUGAUGAAAGUCACUUGCCAGAAAUUUCAAGGGAUUCCCUGAGUGAAGAUGAGUGGCUGAGGAUAAUACUUGAAGCAUUGAGACAGGCUGAAAAUGAGCCUCAAUCUGCACCAAAAGAAAACAAGCCUUAUGCCUUGAAUUCAGAAAAGAACUUUCCACUGGACAUGCCUGAUGAUUAUGAAGCUCAACAGUGGCCAGAGAGAAAGCUGAAGCACAUGCGAUUCCCCCCUAUGUAUGAAGAGAAUUCCAGGGACAAUCCCUUUAAGCGUACAAAUGAGAUAGUGGAGGAGCAAUACACUCCUCAAAGCCUUGCUACACUGGAAUCUGUCUUUCAAGAGCUGGGGAAACUGACAGGACCAAACAACCAGAAGCGUGCAAAGGUUGAUGAUGAGCAAAAACUUUAUUCAGAUGAUGAAGAUGAUAUCUACAAGGCCAAUAACAUUGCCUAUGAAGAUGUGGUUGGGGGAGAAGAUUGGAACCCAGUAGAGGAGAAAAUAGAGAGUCAAACCCAGGAAGAGGUGAGAGACAGCAAAGAGAAUGUAGAAAAAAGUGAACAGAUCAAUGACGAGAUGAAGCGUUCAGGGCCUCUGGGUGUCCAGGAUGAAGAUUUCCGGAAAGAGAAGAAAGAUCCAUUCUCAGAUGAUGUCUCCAAAGUAGUUACCUAUUUGAAAAGGUUAGUGAAUGCUGCAGCAAGUGGGAGGUCACAGAAUGGGCAAAAUGGGGAGAGGGCAACCAGGCUUUUUGAGAAACCACUUGAUUCUCAGUCUAUUUAUCAGUUGAUUGAAAUCUCAAGGAAUUUACAGAUACCUCCUGAAGACUUAAUUGACAUGCUCAAAACUGGUGAGAAGCCAAGUGGGUCAGUUGAACCUGAGCAGGAGCUUGACCUUCCAGCUGACCUAGAUGACAUCUCAGAGGUUGACUUGGACCGCCCAGACCUGUACCAAAAUAAGAUGCUCUCCAAGAGUGGCUACCCCAAAACACCUGGUCGUGGUAUGACAGAAGGUCUACCAGAAGGACUCAGUGUUGAGGACAUUUUAAAUCUUUUAGGGAUGGAGAGUGUAGCCAGUCAGAAGCCUCCAUAUUUUCCCAAUCAAUAUAACCAAGAGAAGGUUCUGCCAAGGCUCCCAUAUGGUCCUGGAAGAUCUAGGGCAAACCAGUUUUCCAAAGCUGCCUGGAUGCCGGAGGCUGAAAACAGACAAAUGGCAUAUGAAAACCUGAAUGACAAGGAUCAAGAAUUAGGAGAGUACUUGGCCAGGAUGUUAGUUAAAUACCCUGAGAUCAUUAAUUCAAACCAGAUGAAGCGAGUUCCCAAUCAAAGUUCAUCUGAAGAUGAAGCACAGGAAGAGGACCAAAUCGAGCAGGCCAUCAAAGAGCAUUUGAAUCAAGGCAGCUCUCAAGAGACUGACAAACUGGCCAUAGUAAGCAAAAAGCUCCCUGUGGGGCUCCUGAAGAAUAGCGAUAUGCCAAAUAAGCAGUACUUGGAUGAAGAUGUGUUAAUGAAAGUGCUGGAAUACCUCAACCAAGAAAAAGCAGAAAAGGGAAGGGAGCAUCUUGCUAAGAGAGCAAUGGAAAAUAUGUAAACAGCUUUCAUUAAUUGCCCUAGUUUUGCUCCUCCCACCCUAAACAAACCCCAAUGUUUCUCUUUAUUGUGUUGACUCCUUUCCUGUUUACAUUGUAGUAUCUUUAAAUGAUGUACAGGCAGAUGGAUCCAGGUCACUGGGGCGUCUGCUUCACUUACUCUGAGCUCUUCUCUUGUGUAUGGAUACGUGUAAAUGUUAUGACUUCUGGAUAAAAAAUUACUCAUGUACCUUAUUCCAAGAAAGAAAUCUAUGAUAGUGUUUAACUGUGUAUCUAAUGGCUGUGGCAUUGUUGAUGCUCACAUGUGAUAAAGAGUGUUUGAUAACUCUCUUGAAGUUUUUAAUAUUUAUUGAAUUAUUUUGUUACUGUCUGUAGUGUUUUGUGGAGUACUGGAGCAAAAAAUAAAGCAUCAUAAUUAUAUAGUUUUAUUUAUAAGG